CAAUAAUAACACCCUUUAUAAAAUUCUAUUUCCUUAAAAUUAUAAAACUAAUUUAGAUUUACAUAUCAUUUGAAAAUUUUGAAAAAUAAGUCCCUAAUAGCAUAUUAUUAAUCUCUCAAUCCUUAGAAAAUUUCGUGGAAUCUCUCCUCUUGAAUCAAGCUCCUCCAUGCAUGGCCCAUAUCGCCGACCACCGACAGUCCGUCUCCUGGAGCUGAACCCCGGCCAAGGAAGGAGAUAUAAAAGGAGGGCCGGCCACCUUGGUGAUAUAACAUUACAAUAUUCAUCAACUCAAAUGCUUGCUCAUAGGUACGUGAGCUGAGCUGAGCUGCAUGACUACUACAAAACAAUCCCCGCUGAACCCGGGGAAUGUUCUCAGCUCUUUCUAUCUUGUAUUAUCAGUUUUUCAUUAAUAUAUCUCGUACUUUCGCCAAUUCCGCUUACGCUGUCUCUCUACUCUUUUUGACUCUUGUGAAAGAAAUCUAACCUCGAUUCAUGCAAGGUUUUGAGCACGAGGUUUCGUUAUCAAUUCAUGUAAUCCAGAGUGUCUCCCCUGUGUUUUUUUGGUCUUCCACCCUCUUGUCUCCCCUCUCUCUCUCUCUCUGUUUAUUAUAUAAGGUGUUUGUCCCAAAGGUGGUGGUGUAGGUUCUGAGCUGUUGAGGUUAAGCUUGCUGAGGAAAAUUUGCUGGAACACACAGCCAAGAAAAUCUUUCAACAGAUUGAGGUAUCUGAAUUCGCUUUGUUUGCGGAAAAGAUAGAAUGGAGGGUGGUCAGUUUUGGGGGCAGAAGAUGGGUAAUUUGCAUGAUCUAGAGCACGCAGAGGAUGGUGGUGAGCUGAAACUGUGGUCACAAUUUCCAUCCAUCCCUCAACCUCAAACGCCGAAGGAGCCAAUGGAGUUCUUGUCCAGAUCCUGGAGCCUUUCUGCUCUGGAAAUUUCAAAAGCUCUUAAAGAGAAGCAGUGUGUUCUUGAAAAAAAUCCCAGCAUAAUCCCAGAAAUGGUUGCUGCACCACAGCUUACAGGAAAGGUUAUGAACUGGGUUAAUACUCGAAGAACAGUAUCAAUAGGUAAAUGGUUCCACCACAAGGAGUUGGGAAGUAGCGGGGUGAAGAAGAAAGAUAGGAUGCGGGUGGAGAAUGCCCGGGUGCAUGCCACCAUGUCUGUUGCUGGACUGGCUGCAGCCUUGGCUUCAGCGGCUGCAGCAGAGAACUCCAGUGGAUCAGGCUCGAAAAUGAGAGCGGCUUUGGCAUCAGCCACAGAACUCCUGGCAUCACAUUGCAUUGAGAUCGCUGAAUCAGCAGGAGCUGAUCACGAUCGGUUGGCAUCGGUUGUCAGAUCAGCAGUGGAUAUUCAAAGUCCUGGUGAUCUAAUGACUCUCACUGCUGCAGCUGCAACAGCUUUGAGAGGAGAAGCAGCCCUGAAAGUAAGAUUGCAGAAAGAAACAAGAAAAAAUGCAAGUAUAAGUCCCUAUGAAGCUCCUUUUGUUGCUGAUUUCCACAGUGAAAUGGAAGAACAGGAUCCUCCCUGCACAGGUGAACUACAGCAGCACACACAAAAGGGAGUGCUUCGGUGGAAGCGUGUCACUAUCUAUAUCAAUAAGAAAUCACAGGUAAUAGUUAAGCUCAAAAGCAAACAUGUUGGAGGAGCCUUCUCCAAAAAGAAUAAAUGUGUUGUUUAUGGAGUCUGCAAUGAGACCGCUGCAUGGCCCUUCAGAAAAGAAAGAGAAAACAUCGAAGCCUAUUUUGGACUGAAAACUGCACAGGGUUUUCUAGAGUUUAAGUGCAAGAGCAAGAUCCAUAAGCAGACCUGGGUUGAUGGGAUUCAGAAUCUCCUCCGUCGAGUCAGUUGCAUUGAAGCCACUGAACACUCCUUGGAAAUCUUAAAUAUCAAUAAGAGCAUUUGAUUCUUUUGUGCAUAUGUAUUUUAAGAAUACAGGAGAUAAAACCUCGCUAAUGUUUUGUACUGUGUGACCAAACAUAUAAGAAGAAAUGCUAUUUUAAGUAAAUGAGAGAAAUAAUUAUACCUCAUUCUCCCACAAUCAUAUUUGCAUCAGAGUCUCAUAGUAGACUACGUUGAAUGUAUAAUUAUCAUAUUGAAAUGAAACUUGGAGAUUUUCUA